AUGGCUGCCACUAUACUAGAAGAAGUGCUAGGAGACGCCAGAGACUGUAAGAAAGACGUCUUUGCCAUUUAUCUAGAUGCCAAAUCAGCCUUCGAUGUGGUUAACCAUAACAGUCUCCUCAGGAAGCUAUUUCUAGCUGGAGUCGACGGCAAAUCAUGGAAGGUAAUACAGGAUCUCCACUUUAGGACGACUAGCUGUGUAAAAUGGGAUGGCCAGUUAUCUGACAGCUUCCAGAUAUUGCAAGGAGUAAGGCAGGGAGGACUGCUCAGUACUGAGCUCUACAAAGUUUAUGUGAACGACCUCCUCAACUGUAUACAGAGCACAGGACUAGGCAUCAAGAUUGGUACCAACGACUGCAGUGCACCGACCUGUGCUGACGAUGUUACCAUACUUGCUCACGAACUAAGCUCCUUACAGACUCUACUGGAUGUUGCGGUCGAUUACAGUUCUAUGGAGAGAUAUAUACUUCAACCAGAAAAGAGCACUGUCCUGAUGGUUCCAUCAUCCAGUCGUUUGCGUAGUCAGAUACGUAACACAAUAUUCAGAAUCGGCCCAGAUCCCGUCAAUAUCCGGACCAGGACUACACAUCUGCGGAUCCAGCAGGAUGUUAAAUCUACCGCUGCUGCCACUGUCGAAACCAUAUACAAAAAGAAGCCAUGCGUAGGAUAUAGUCUGAUGAGGUCAGGACUACAUGGUGGGAAUGGAUUAGACCCGAUUACAGCAAUAACUGGUUAUUGUGUAUGUGCUCCCCAAUCUCCUCUAUGGGCUGGAAAUCUGUCUCCCAAAAGGACAACAAUUGAAGAGACUUGA